AUGGCGCAAAAGGGAACCCAUCUACUGGAGCGCCCGCUCUAUGUAUUCGAUCUCCCCGAAGAGCUCUUGUCCACCCUCACCCUCAAGAACCAGCCCGAACGGUCGCUUCCAGAGACGCCGUCCCCGAUCCCCAAGAGUACAAACGAGUCGUCCGUUAAAGCCGAUAGCGACGACUCAAGCCCCGCGAAAGCGACCUCAUGUAACCUCUGUGGCCUCAGCUUUGCGUCUCUCGCCGACCAGCGCAGCCAUGUGCGAUCCGACCUACACGGCUACAACUUGAAGCAGAAAAUGAAGGGCGCCAAGCCAGUGAGCGAAGCAGAGUUUGAGAAGCUCAUUGGUGACCUGGAUGAGAGCAUAUCUGGUUCUGAGUCAUCGGAGUCUGACGACGAUGAAGAUGAGGAAGAGGGAGCCAAAGCGAAGGAUUCCACGCUUAGUGCGCUUCUGAAGAAGCAGGCCAAAAUUGCAGACCCGGGUUUUGACGAGUUCGCAUCACCAAAGAAGCAAAGAGGGCCUGGAAAGCCUCCGUUGCUAUGGUUCACAUCGCCCUCAUUACCCGACAACAUGUCCCUGGGCAUAUACCGCGCGAUAUUCUCAAAUACUGAGCAAGAAGACGAGUCGCAUAUUUUAGAAACCAUACGGAACAAGCAGCUCUCGCCAAAGCAGCUCCCAAAGAUAAAGGCAAACGAGGGUGGUGUCCCGCUGCCCGAUACGGAUUUCGGGCCGCAUUACUUUCUAUGUAUGAUUGGUGGUGGGCAUUUUGCAGCUAUGAUAGUAGCAUUGGCACCAAAGACGGGCAAAAAGCACACUGGAGCCGAUGAACGUUCAGCAACAGUCAUUGCCCACAAAACUUUCCACAGAUACACAACCCGAAGGAAGCAGGGUGGUUCACAGUCUGCCAACGAUAACGCCAAGGGUAACGCUCACUCUGCCGGUUCUUCCAUACGCCGCUACAACGAGACUGCGCUUGUCAACGAAGUACGCGAAUUGCUGAGCAGUUGGAAGAGCAUAAUUGAUACCUCAGAGCUCGUCUUUGUUCGCGCAACUGGCGCAACAAAUCGAAGAACACUUUUCGGUCCCUAUGAAGGACAGGUGCUGCGACACAACGAUCCACGCAACCGAGGGUUUCCGUUCAGCACACGUCGAGCGACUCAGAAGGAACUCAUGCGUGCUUUCGUUGAGCUUACUCGAGUAAAACAAAGUACGAUUGAUGAAGAAGCACUGGCUGCGCUGAAUGCCCCUCAGAAAGAAGCCACAUCUCCAGCACCAGCGAAACCUAAACCCAAAAAGCCGACGAAGGAAGAAGAGACUGCCUCCUUGCACACAUCCCAGAUCAUACCAAUGAUCAAACGAUCCAAGGUUCCUGCGCUCCUGAAUUACCUUAAAACCAACAAUAUACCACCAACUUUUACAUUUUUUCCUGCAAAUCAUCACACGCCAACGCCGUUGCAUCUUGCAGCGUCUCUCAAUUCCGCACCUAUCAUUCUCGCGCUUCUCACAAAAGCAGGUGCAGAUCCAACCAUGAUGAAUGACGAAGCCCGAACACCAUUCACACUGGCGGGCGACCGUGCAACAAGGGACGCAUUCCGUGUUGCACGUUCCGAGCUCGGCGAGUCUGCAUGGGAUUGGGGAAAAUCGGGCGUCCCAGCAGCCAUGUCAAAGGCUGAGGCUGACAAGCGAGACGCUCAGGAAAAGAACGAGAAGGCUGCAGAAAGCAAGGCUGAGUCUGAGCGCAGGAAAGCCGAGACAGAGCGUGUACGGAAAGAAAGUGAAGCAGAAGAAGUGAGAAGAAAGGAGCAACGAUUGGGCAAAGGCAAGGCUUUGGGGGCGCUGCCUGCCAAGACUGGCGCAGAUCUGAGAGAGGAAGAGAUGAGAGGAUUGACACCAGAGGCAAGGGCAAGAAUGGAAAGGGAGAGAAGAGCCAGGGCAGCUGAGGAGAGACUAAAGCGGAUGCAGGGUUGAGCGCUUUGUGGAGGUCGCGUUUGUCUUGAUAAUGCUAGAAGAAACCAGUUUGGUGGUGCUCAGCAUUACGAAUAGACGGUAUGUUCUUGGAAGAAGUCACGUGUCUUGCCAGACUGAAAUUUCGACGAGGAAAGGGAAAGAUGAAAUUUGGCAGCAGCCUGUGGUAAUCCGAUCAUGUAGCUCUUGCUAAUCAUGCAGUCCAGAAUAAUGUAC